UUUCCGAUCCGGUCACUUCCUCUCCAAUAGAUCCUUUUUGAACCGAGCCGCUGCGUGGAAGGACUCCGGCUCACAAGGUCGAACAACCCCCGCUUCCCCGACAAUUUUACCAGGCUCCACUUCAGUAAUUCGGAAUUAUUGCAAGCACAAAUUACAACUGCAAUUAAUCGAAAACAGUCAGAGGGCAGUUGGAGAGCACACACUAAGUGUGAUAGUUUGCGGAGAUUUCUAAAACCUCCAUAACUAAAAACCCUUACUCGCCAGAUCCAACGCCAUGUUAAGGAAACUUUUAUGGAUACUCUUGAUUUCUUUUCCGUUAUUCGCGAUUCUCUGCGCUUCGUUCUCUGAAGAAAACCCCACGGAUCGCCGGGUUCUGGUCCUGCUCGAUGAUUUCGCGAUUAAGUCGUCGCAUUCUCUCUACUUCAAGUCGCUUGAAAGCCGAGGAUUCGACCUCGAUUUUAAGCUCGCUGAUGAUCCCAAACUCGCCUUGCAGAGAUACGGACAGUAUUUAUACGACGCUGCUAUUCUCUUUUGCCCGACCGUCGAACGGUUUGGUGGUUCCAUUGACGUGGCAUCAUUCCUAGAUUUUGUUGAUUCUGGUCAUGAUUUGAUCAUUGCUGCUGAUGCAUCUGGUUCUGAAUUGAUUCGAGAGAUAGCGGUUGAGUGUGGGGUUGACUUUGAUGAGGAUCCAGCCGCUUUCGUGAUCGAUCACACGAGCUAUGCAGUUUCAGAGACAGAAGGGGAUCACACGUUGAUUGCCAGUGAUGAUUUCAUUCAAUCUGAGGUUGUUUUGGGCAGCAAGAAAAUAGAGGCUCCUGUGCUUUUUAAGGGAAUUGGUCACUCGAUAAAUCCUGCAAACAACUUGGUGCUAAAAGUUCUCUCUGCUUCACCGGCAGCGUACUCGGCCAACCCAAACUCCAAGUUAUCCACUCCUCCCUCUUUGACUGGGUCGGCAAUCUCUCUAGUCUCAGUUGUGCAGGCAAGAAAUAAUGCUCGAGUUCUGAUAUCUGGCUCACUGAGCAUGUUCAGCAACUGGUUUUUCCGAUCUGGAGUCCAGAAAGCUGGGAGCACUACCAAAUACGAGAAAUGUGGGAAUGAGCAAUUUUUGACUGAACUUAGCAAAUGGGUUUUCCAUGAGAGAGGUCACCUGAAGGCUGUGAAUGUUAGACAUCACAAAGUUGGUGAGGUAGAUGAACCCUCAAUAUACAGGAUCAAAGAUGAUCUGGAUUAUUCUGUUGAAGUAUAUGAAUGGUCUGGUACGAGUUGGGAACCGUACGUGGCUGAUGAUCUUCAAGUUCAGUUUUAUAUGAUGAGCCCCUAUGUUCUGAAAACCCUAUCAACUGAUCAGAAGGGUCGUUAUUAUACAUCGUUCAAAGUUCCGGAUGUCUAUGGUGUUUUUCAAUUCAAGGUUGAGUACCAGAGACUUGGAUAUACAAGCUUAAGUCUAUCCAAACAGAUUCCCGUUCGACCAUUUAGACACAAUGAGUACGAAAGGUUUAUACCUGCUGCUUAUCCAUACUAUGGAGCAUCAUUCUCGAUGAUGGCGGGUUUCUUUAUCUUCACCAUGGUGUAUCUGUACACAAAGUAGCUGGUCAAUUUGGUUGCGGAUGGAAAUAUAGAUUCAGGAACUGUUGUUAGUUUAACCAGGGGAUGAAUUUUAAGGUAUCAGACAUUUGUUCACUUAAGUCUAAUACUUUUUAAGCAAGAGAAGCUAGGCACUGCUGGCACGAGUAUACUUUUUCUAAGUGAAUCAGAAGGUAUAGUUCACUUUAUCAUUUUUGGACUUGUGUCGUAAAUCUUGGUAAUUGAGGAAGAAAUGAGUUUUAUUUACUGUUUCUGGAUU